AUGUCGCCUGAAGGUUUCCGAGUGACUAAGACUCCAAGGAAGUUAGCAUGUCAGAACUGUCGUAAGAGAAGAAGGAAGUGUAACUUUCUAAUUCCAUGUUCGAACUGUAUCAAAUUUCAGACGGAUUGUGUUGCAGUAAAUGAAGAUUUGAGAAAGACAAGAUAUACUGCCUCGUACGUUAAGUCACUAGAAGAAAAAAUUGCAUAUUUAGAGUCCAAUCUAACAGAGAGUGAUACAAAGGAGAAAACUAUUGAUGAUAUCAAACUUCUUAAUUCAUCUAUUUCUCUUGCCACAGCUUCAUCUGCCUCGUUGUUGAACGUACCGAAAAGAGAUAAGAAGGAGGUGAAGAACGAAUACAAUUUGGUUGAAAAUCCAUUAAGAAGUAGUAGUAUUUAUCCAAUGCAUUCAUUAUCAAUAUCAAAACCAUUUACAUCAAUAGAAUUUAAGCAGACACAAACAAACUUGAAAAAUUUGACAAGGAGCACUGCAAUAAUGAGAUCAUUAUCUUUUUUCUUUAAAUGGUUAUAUCCUGCUCAUUACUUCUUUAUCCACAGAGAAACAUUUCUAAGUUCAUUUUUUGGUGACACUAAUACAAAGAGCUACUACUGCUCUGAGGAGUUAGUAUUUGCAAUGUCUGCACUAGGUGCAAAACUGGUUAAGAGUGAUGAUGAGCUUUAUGGCCGUUCAACAGAAUUUUAUCAAACCUCUAAAUCCAUUGUUUUGAAAAAGGUUUUUCAACUUGAAGACUCAUCUUUUGCAGAUUCUACUCCAUCUUCCAAAUUAGCAAUUAUACAAACUUUAUUAUGUUUGGCAUUUUAUGAUAUUGGUAAUGGGGAAAACCCAAUGGCGUGGUAUUUAUCCGGUUUAGCAUUUAGAAUCGCUCAUGAAAUAGGUCUUCAAUUGGAUCCUGAUGCUUGGAGUAACGUUUAUGAAAAUGAUUUAUCUAAGAUUGACUUUGAAGUUAGAAGUAGGAUAUAUUGGGGCUGUUAUAUUGCUGAUCAUAUGAUAUCAAUCUUAUUUGGAAGAACAACAACUUUAAAAUUGUCGAAUUCGACUGUUCCUGAAACAGAUGAAUUGCCGGAGAUAGAAACUGGUAUAGAAGAUUAUAUUUAUGAUCCUACAAAAAUACUUUCUAUGGCUUACCCAUUACGAAAAUUAAUUGUUCUUUCGAGAAUUACUGAAAUUUUUGCCAGUAAAAUAUUUAGCCAUACAAACAGUAUGAUUCAAAAAUCACAAUAUCUAUCGAAGUUUAAUUUAGAAAUGUAUAAUUGGAAAUCUGAUUUAUCACCAGAAAUGGUCUGGACAAAACAAAAAAUAAUAGAAUCAGAAAAGUUUAAUCCAACAAUUGCAUAUAUGUGGUAUCAUUAUCAUCUCGUUUUGAUAUCAUACAACAAACCAUAUAUUUUUGAUUUUCCACACAGUAGACAUUUAAUUGAGGAGUCAAUUGAAGAAUUAUAUCAUAGUUUAACACUUUGGAAGAAAUCUUUUGGUACUUUUGAAAAGUGCAACCUUUACAUGAUUUAUACGGCCAUUUUAGCUUUACAAUGUAUGAAUACUGAGCUCAUUAAAGGGGAUCAUAGAAUGGAAUUUAAAAGUUUUUUGGGUUCUGAUACAUUGCACUACGAUUUAGCCAAAAAAGUUCUUGAUAAAGAAGUAAACACAGAUGAAUUAUUAGGUACGCUUUCCCAUGGUACAAAUUUUGCAUUAGAAUAUAAUUUUGAUUUCACAUUACUAAAUGAAAUCGAUACAUUGAUCGGAAGCACAGAUACUGGCUAA